UUAAUAUUUGUUUGAUUUUUAACUUAAUAAUUGUAUGAUUUUCUGUUUUGUUUAGGAAUCUAUGCGGUAUGAUCAACUUCGGGAUGUGGUAGCCAAGCGAAAACCUGGAUGGGAAUACUUACAAGAGGCCCUGAUCUCCAUAGAUCCUGUUCGUGCUAGGGAUGAUCCAGUUGUUGUGAAAAACAUCCCUUACUUCAAAGCCAAGAAGGCACUGGAGGCAGAAGUACUGAAGCUUGAUCCUCCUGCUCGACCAGAAAAUUGGGGAGAGAUGAACCUUCCAUUGAAUGCAUCAGCUUGGAGUAAGGAGGACCUCAAAGAUCCAAAAAAAUUAUAUGAGAUGACAGUUCUUCUUAAUGCCCAAAGAGAAAUUGCUGAUAAAAUCUUGGAAGCAGAGUGGGAAACAAAGUGGCGUCAAGAAAAGUUGAAUGAAAUGUUGGAAGAGAAGGUGCGGCCAUACAUUCAGAACAUGGACAAUGGUGUCAUUCCUCCGCCUAUAGUAAUGCAAUCCCCAAAGAAUCAGGAUCAUAAGGUUUUGCUCUAAAUCUCUGUCCCUUCUUUAUUAUGCGCUGUUGUUGGA